AUGAUUAUUUUCACGGAUAUCGUUUCUGGAGACGAGGUUCUCUCCGACACCUUCAAGCUCCAGGAGGUCGACAAGAUCUUCUACCAGUGCGAUUGCCGCAAGUACCUCAAGAAGCAGAACGAGGACUUCCAGCUCGAGGGUGCCAACCCCUCCGCUGAGGAUGGUGCCGAUGAGGGUGGUGAGGGUGAGGCCGUCAUGGUCCACGACAUUGAGGACCAGUUCCGUCUCGUCUGGCUCAAGACCGAGGAGGGUCUCAAGCCCUCCAAGGACGCCUUCAAGUCCCACCUGAAGAACUACAUGAAGAAGGUCCUCUCCAAGCUCACCGAGAAGGGUGCCUCCAAGGAGACCAUCGAUGAGUUCAAGGCCAACGCCCCCGCCGGUGUCAAGAAGAUCCUCUCCAACUACGACAACUACGAUGUCCUCAUGGGCCAGUCCAUGGAUGGUGAUGCUAUGCACAUCCUCAUUGACUUCCGCGAGGACGGUGUCACCCCCUACGCCACCCUCUGGAAGCACGGUCUCGAUGAGGUCAAGGUCUAAACGCCUUCCCAUACAGCCGUUGUGAACCGUCUCAUGAAUCUGAAAACAAAAACAACAUGACGGAUCAGACUUUGCGAACGUCUUAAUUCAUUCCAGAGCACGAGCCAGGCGGGAAGGACAAUUUAGAACCCCCCUUUCAAAUACCCAGAUGAUGAAGAUUUCUUUGUCUCAUUCUAAAAAAUCUUCCAAUCCAAUCUCUCUGGAUCCAUUUCCCCCCUCCCCUACUAUCCAUCUUCUGUCUCCUAUCGUCUCGCAUCUUUCUGUAUCCUGCUUGGUCCGAGUCACGCCUCAUGAAAUCCCAUAGCUGUUACGUCUUAUCUCGUCCUUGUCUCGUU